AUGAGUUAUUUCAGUUCACCAAUGCCAGAUAGACAAUUCUUAUGGGAAAUAUUCAGCGGUGUGGAUAAAGAUAGAAGUGGCAUGAUAACUGCCAAUGAACUUCAAACAGCUUUAUCAAAUGGAACAUGGACACCGUUCAAUCCUGAAACUGUCAGAUUAAUGAUAGGCAUGUUCGAUAAGCAAAACCGAGGUGGUGUAUCAUUUGAAGAUUUUGGUUAUUUGUGGAAAUAUGUCACAGAUUGGCAGAAUUGCUUUAGAAGUUUUGAUCGGGAUGGUUCAGGCAAUAUUGAUCGUCAAGAAUUGGGGCAAGCUCUUGCAACCUUUGGCUAUCGUCUUUCUCCAAAUACUAUCGAUAUGAUGCUUCGUAAAUUUGAUAGACUUGGACGUGGAACAAUACUUUUUGAUGAUUUCAUCCAAUGUUGUAUUGUUUUGCAUAACCUGACCAAUGCAUUUAAGCAGUAUGAUACUGAUCAAGAUGGACUGAUAACCAUUCACUAUGAGACAUUUAUAUCACUUGUUUUAGGUCUAAAAGUUUAA